AUGCCACCAAAAAAACAACCGGAAAAAGGAGGAAAGGCAGCAGGAAGUAGUGGAAAAUCAGCCGGUGAUGCAAAAGAAUCUGCUGCGAAAGAGAAAAAAGGCGGGACAGCUGUCAAAGUACGUCAUAUUUUGUGUGAGAAACAGUCAAAAUGUUUAGAAGCUCUGGAAAAAUUGAAAGCUGGUCAAAAAUUCCCUGAUGUAGCGGCUGCCUACAGUGAAGAUAAGGCACGGCAAGGUGGAGAUCUGGGUUGGAUGACAAGAGGUUCCAUGGAACAAUUUGAUAGAGAUUACACAAAAUUACCUGAUCCUGAAAGAUCAAGAGAAUCCAUAAACUCUGAUAUUGAAGACUUUUCUAGCAGAGAUGUUGGAUUGAAGCUGAGCUUUUUGCGCCUGUGUCAUCUGAUGCAUGUUACUAUGCUCUUAAGUCUUGUUUAUUUCUGCAACAUUUGCCUUUGGUUUGUAAUGACCAAGAAUUCUUCGCCCAGAACACUUAGAUAUACUUUUAAAAUUGCUAUUCCAACUUCAUAA